UGUGUGGCUCAGUCAAAGUUAUAAUUCUACAUAUUCAUCACCCUGCAAUCUUUUGUAUCCUUAUAUUAAUAUUUUCCUCUUCCACUUCUACCAAACAUACAACGGCGUAGCACAGGUUGAAGAUAACUCCAAAACACAAAAUGGCUUUCUUAACGCCCAACACUGGGUCGUUUUUACUCGCAGCAUGCAUCUUGCUUGUUGUUCUUCCUGCCCCAGCAGCAGCAUUUGGUGCUGGUAACAUUCCCAGUAUAUCCAAUAUUGAGGGCAAAAACUUUCGUCAUGGCGAUAUCGAGGAUAUGCUUAAAACUGUUGCUUUCAUUAAGGGUCAUAAGUGGACCAGUAUGAUGAUUAAGAGGGUUUACUUUGGCAACUGGCUACGAGAUUAUUCUCAAGCAGUUGAUGUGGGAAGUUUGAAAGGAGUAUCAGCACCUACUAUUCGUAUUUUGGUAUGCAAACAAAACACCCCUUGUCAUUUAUAUGCUUACUCAUUCUUCGAACAUAGGUUUGGGUUUUGAGUUUCUUAUCCUUUGGUUAUGCUACCGCAGAAUUUGAGGUCACAGAAGAACGUCUUGGCGUUUAUAGACCCGAAGAGCAUAUCGACAACCCCAAAGGUUAUGCUGAUAAUCAGGAUGCAAGAACCUUCGAUCCUAGGCUUCGUGGCCCUAUUAACCCAAUGGAACUAGAGAUCGACCCAAAUACAGGCAUGAAGAAUUAUAUUGCAAAUGAAAGUGGAGGUUGGGCUACUAGUGCUGGCUAUGUCAAAUUCAGCUUUGCAAGAAGUAUCCAUUAUGGUAGACUUUAUACCAGCGGUUCGCAUGGUAAAGGCAAAGAAGAAGAUCUAUGCGAAGCCCUUCGAUGUCUUGGACAAGCCCUACAUUGCAUGGAAGAUUUUGGAGCGCAUACAAAUUAUUGCGAGUUAGCCUUGAGAGAAUUAGGGCACCGUGAUGUAUUUCCACAUUGUGGUGCCAAUGCGGAAAUUAACAUUCGUGGUCACCAUGUCUAUCCUCUAGUUACAGGCACAUUUGGAGCGGUUGAUUUCCUGCACUCUGUUCUUGGUGAAGCAAAUGACCAUUUUACGCAAACCGAAGUCGAAGAAAUGGAUCUUGCUCUAGGUGGAGCGCAAAAGGCUCAACAAAGUGGCGGGGGCGAUGGUCAACGUGGUUUAUUCGGAUCUGGAAGUAGCGGCACGGACUUUGCAGGCCUUCUUUCUCAAAUUCCUGGUAUGGGAGGUGGAUUAGCAAGUACAGCACGAGAUCUUCAAGCUCAAUCAGCUGCUCAAGAAUACCAGAACGCCAAUCAACGGACCAGAGCCGAUGAAAACACUUUUAAUGCUCCGCCCGGCUCCACAGGUGGUCCCCCAGGCCCGGGUGUCCCAGGAAUGAGCCCCGAUUUCGAUCCGGUUGCAACUGCGAAAAAGAUUUAUCCUAUUCUCGAGUUUAGAGAUAAGAUUGUGAGAGCAAUUAACAAUACAAUUGCCAAGAUCCCCGGUCUUGAAUCGUUGGUCGAGAAGAUCAGUGAGACCUUGACUGUGUUUAUCCUAUCUUUACUCGCACCGUUUGUUCGACCUAUCAUCGAUGCGGUGUCUGAUAGUUUGAGGAAGGGGUCUAGUACAGUUGUUGAAGCCAGUGCAAACUCUCAAUUUGAGCCAUGGAACGAUCCACAUUGCACCGAUCCAACUCACUCUAUGCUUUCCAAGGAUCAUUUUUCUAAUGUCUUGAAUUCAUGUGCUGGGAGAGUGGCUUCCACCAUCUUGCAAUAUGUUACACCGUAAGGUUUCUCCCUGUAGUUGUAAUAGAGUCACUAACCUUCUUUAGUCGCAUACUAUACGCCUGGCAAAACCCAGGCGUCUCCGUUGAUGAGGUCAUGAAUGAUAUUCUACGCACCUUCCAUCACCCGGCUCUACGUGACGAACAUGUUGAAAUCCAAAAGAAGAUGUUUGAUACUGUAAAAAGCUGGGUGAAAGAACAGCCAAAUGCCCAAAGUUUAAACCAUAUCCUUGGUUCAGAAUCCGUGAAGGCUGGUAGAAACCACACUGGCUCAGAACAACACGACCAUAAUCAUGGUGCGCUAGGUGGUCAUGGCAAAACAUCAGGUUCCAUCUGGUCAGAAAUCAAAACCAGGGAUCUAGGAGCAAUGGAGGGAUUGGAUACGAAACCAUCUUACAUAAACCCUUCCGCAAUUCCAGGUUCUCCAGUAAGAUAUUCCACCCCAAAUUACGGAUAUGGGAACACAGGUUCUACAGAACCAACUCAAGGUGGAAAUGCCUAUCUCGAGCCAAGUUAUCAACAGCAAGGUGGGUAUGCAUCUCAACAACCUCCGUACCAACAAUACGGAGGCUAUGAACAACAACAGCAGCAGCCAUAUGGUCAACAAUAUGAAGCCCCCCCAUUUGACAGCUACGAGCAAGGCCCUCCACCGGGAGAGUACUGGAAUCAAGGUCCUCCACCUUCCGGCCAAUGGGGUCAACAGGGACCACCUUCUCCGGAUCCAUGGGGUCGAGGUCCUCCUCAAACUCAAUAUCCACCUCAGCAUGGAUAUCAAGGCCAGCAAUAUCCACCUCAGCAACCUCCUUAUGGUGGACAAGGUGGGUAUCAGUAUCCACCCGGUGGUGCUGGAUAUGGGCGCUGAUAAUUCGGUGGCUGAUUCAUUUCAUUUGGUUUGGUUUGGUCUGGUUUGGUUCUCACUGCAAUUUAACUGGUUGCCGGGAAAGUGCAUGGAAAGGGAAUGGUGAUAAAGGGUAUGAAUGGUGGGAAAUUCGAGUUUCAGGUGGGGUUUGGAAUUAUGCAUUACGGGCCAUGAUUUGAUAAAUAGCACCGGAUAGUCAGCUAGCUACAUGAUGAUCCAUAAUGGGCUUUUUCAUGUGCAUAUGAAAAAGCUAGUUUUCACGAGAGAAUACACAAGUUGAUUUUCACAGUUCUGGCUUCAGCUGUCGACUUCUCAUCAUGUGUGAAAGAUCAUAUCCUGAGCCUUGAAGUUAUAAGGAUUGACUAUGUGCGGUUGAGAAUGAGCAACGAAAGAGUUAUAGGAAUUGGUGGUUAAACGGUAAUGAGAUUUCUCUUCGGCCAGCUCAAGUAAUAUGUUCGUUCCUAAUCUGUAUUUAGAACUACACUUGGAAUUGUAUACUAGAUACAGAAUCCAAGAAAAUCUA